GCGAGUUUCUAGUACACCACAUCAGAGAAGUGCACGCAAGGUUUCCUAACGCAAGGUCGUGGAGGUUUCUUAUUUUGGGCAAACAUGAUGUCCAUAGCCGCUCGUACCGGGGCUCUUUCCCCGUACUUACGGGCCACACAACACACAACUAAAAGCCUGUUGUCCCCCGGAACGAAGGAGCUGGUGCCGGUCGCAGCUCCUGGAGGAAUCCGCCAUGCCCACACAGACAUCAAGAUUCCUGACUUUUCAGACUACCGUCGGCCCGAGGUCGUCGACCCCAACAAGUCCUCCCAGGACAGCAGUGAGGGGAGAAGGGUAUUCUCUUACCUUGUCACUGGAGCCACCACUGUGGUUGGUAUCUACGCAGCCAAGACAGUGGUCUCCCAGUUUGUAUCCUCAAUGAGCGCGUCAGCAGAUGUCCUGGCCUUGUCCAAGAUUGAGAUCAAGCUCAGUGACAUCCCAGAAGGCAAAAACAUGACCUUCAAGUGGAGAGGAAAGCCCCUGUUCGUCCGUCACCGCACCGAGAAGGAAAUCUCCGCAGAGCAGUCUGUGAAUAUGGGGGAGCUGCGUGACCCCGAGCAUGACAAGGACAGAGUGAUUAACCCCAAGUGGGUCAUCGUCCUUGGCGUGUGCACUCACCUGGGUUGUGUGCCGAUUGCAAACGCCGGAGAUUACGGAGGCUACUACUGUCCCUGCCAUGGCUCCCACUAUGAUGCUUCAGGAAGAAUAAGAAAGGGACCUGCUCCUCUUAACCUGGAGGUUCCCUUCUAUGAAUUCCCCGACGAAGACUCAGUCGUGGUUGGAUAAAUUGGAGCUCCGUCUCAGUUCCUCUCUGUAAUAUUGUAUUUUAAGAUGGCUUUAUUUGAAUUUGGAGUAGCAUAAUAUGCGUAUUUACUAAUAAAAGUAUUUCCAGCUCCA